UAUUGACAGCUUGAACUCCGCUGGCGUUACGAUGGCCAAAAUACUCUUUGUCCUGUCUCUUUUCAUUGUUGCCUGCUACGGGCACGGUCGCGUGCAGGAACCCCCAAAUCGGGGCUACUUGUGGCGACUUCCCGAGUACCAGUGGGCCAAUCCGGGCCAUAUUGGGGAUGACACGGAACUCCAUUGUGGUGGGGAAGGGAUAACCGAUCCCAACAUAAACGCGUGCGGCUUCUGCGGCGAUCCAAUCACCCAGGCAAGGCCGAGACAACAUGAAAUCGGGGGUGCGCACGAGCGCGGCUUGAUCGUUCGGAACUACACGGUCGGACAAACCAUCGACGUGCAAAUCUACUGGCAGGCCUUGCACGGCGGGUGGAACGAGUUCCGUCUGUGCGACUACAGCGGGAAGGGGGCCGAGAGCGAGACCUGUUUCCGAGAAAACCUGCUCCGAUUUAGCAACGGGGAAACGAGAUUGUGGGAUAUUGACGAUGCCACUGGGGACGGGGGGAUUACCCAUUUGCAAGUCCAACUCCCUCAAGGACUUCGGUGUGACAGGUGCGUCAUGCAAUGGGAGUGGAGUGCGGACAAUGGACAAUUCUACAGAAAUUGCAUGGACAUUUCAAUCCAUUAAGAAAACUACAGUUGGAAAGUAAAUUAUGUCGCAGUGUACAUUUAAUUGUUCAUUUAAUUAAAUUAUAACAUUUAGCAAGUAUAUGCCUCACAUUUCUUUGUACACAAAAUUGAUUAUAAUUUAUUCAUUCUAUUAAAUUAUGGUAAUGCCCGCCGCA